GGAGGCCGUUAUUCCUGUCACGGGCCGCACACUCCCGCCCCCGUCCCAAAACAGAGGAUGAGGAGCCGCGAGGAAGUAGACGCCACCCUUCACGUCGCCAAGUUGGACCCGGCGGAGCUGCUCCCCGCGGCGCAGUGCCUCAGCUUCAGCGCCCAGGCGGCGGACGUCGGGGAGUGCCGCCUCUUGCAGCUGGAACCGGAGCUUUGCGCCGAGUUGGAAGCGGGGCGGAGCCUGGUGAUCCGUGGAGACCGCGAUGAACACGCUGUGUUAUGCAGUAAAGAUAAAACCUAUGACAUGAAAAUAGCAGAUACUUCUAAUACAUUGCUUUUCUUACCUGCCUGUGAAACUCCAGAGCAGCUUGCUAUAAACAAGACAGCUUCUAAUAUACUUUACACUCAGAUUGCAGGCUUCUCCAAUAAUUACUGGGAACUAAGAAGAUGCCGACCUAAGUUAAAGAAACUCAAGAAACUUUUGAUGGAAAACCCUUAUGAAGGACCAGACAGUGAAAACGAGAGAAGUUCGACUAAAUCAAAGUACACAACAGAAGAGUUACUAGAUCAGGUCCAAGCAAGUGAGGAAGAAAUAAUGGAUCAACUGGAGGUUCUAAAAGCAUGCCAAAUUGAAGGUUGUUGGCGGAUUCUAGACUUCGAUUAUGAGAUGAAAUUGUUGAAUCAUGUGACACAAUUGAUAUAUACCGAGUCUUGGCCAUUCAGCAAGGUCCCUUUAAGCAUAUGUCUUCAAGAACUCGGACCUUUAGAGCCCAAGGAAAUGAUAGAACACAUUCUUGUGAGUUAUGGAAAGAAGUAUAUUGAUGAAGGCGAGACUUACUUUGAAAUGAAUGAAGAGAAGAUAUGCAGAGCAACAGCACAAAUGCUCUUACAAAACGCAGUCAAAUUCAGUCUCGCCGAAUUCCAAGAAGUAUGGCAGCAGAGCGUCCCUGAAGGAAUGACGACUAGACCGGACCAGUUAAAGGGGUUGGCUCUUGUGGACAAAUCUUCCAGACCAGAAACUAUUUCCUUGCUAAAUGUUGAAGACUUACCAGAAGAUAACCAGGAAAGAUUUAACAGUUUAUUCGCUAUUAGGGAGAAAUGGACAGAAGCUGAUAUAGCUCCAUAUAUACAGGACUUAUGUUCAGAGAAGCAAACGAUUGGUGCGUUGCUGACAAAACAUGCUCGUUCUUCAGUGCAGAAUGGACUUAAAGUUUAUAAUUCUAGAAGACCCGUUUCAUAAGAAGUAAUACUGAUUACUGACAGAAGAGAAGAUACAGACUGGUGGCUCAAAUUUGGAGUGGGGUUGUUGGGAUUUUUGCAGCAAUCCUAGGGAUUUUCUGUUAAUCAUGUAACAAUGUUGAAAUGCUUUGGAAUUGUUUUAUAGAUAAAAUUGAACUGUUUUGAAAAGCUAAAAAUUCAUUGUACAAAUACUUUCUUUAAACGUUCUGCAACUGUCUCUAGUUAUUAUUAAAAACUUAUUAUAAAGCUG